AGCAGCUUUUAACUUUCAGCCACUAAUGCAGCUCCAGUUAAUGAAAUAUUUGCCAGUAAUCCUGUAACAAGGAUGUGUGUGUGUGUGUGUGUGUGGCUUGUAGCUGUUGCUGCUGAAGGAAAGCGUUUUCACACCAGAGUAAACUGCAGGUGAAUCAGAUGGCAGAUGUCCCUGUGAAGAGUGGAGGAGAAGGAAAACGUGGAGUCGCAAAUGUGGACAUCCAACAUUCUUCCUCUCCCUCCUCCUCUUCUUCCUUGCCGUCUGCGUGGCGAGGCUUUGGGAGGAAGGUGACGCUGUUGCUGCCCUACGUCUGGCCCAAAGGCAACGCAGCGCUGCAGGGACUCGUGCUGCUGUGUGUGGGCCUGCUGGCAGCAGAGCGACUGGUUAAUGUGCUGGUGCCCGUUUACUCCAAGAACAUUGGUAAGCACGUACAAACAGAGAACCUGAUAGGACAUCCUGGUCUUUCUUAG